AUGAAGGUCACCACUGUCUUACUCGCGGCCGUCGUCGUCCUCUCCGGUGUCGACGCCCUCGGCAAGGGCGGCAAGGAUCGCAAGGGCCGCAAGGGCCGCAAGGAUGGAUAUUACAGAGGCGGAAUAGAUAUGGGCCAGAAGAAGGAUCGCGAAGCUCGCAAGACGGAAUGUCCCAAGUCUAUCGGCUCUAGGGGCAGAUGCAACGGUUACUCCUGCCGCGUGAGGGGCGCCAACUACCCCUGCGUCUUCGGCAAAUGCGUCGGCGACGGCGGCCGCGACGGCGCCUGCUGCGGCAUGCUACCUUUCGGCGUCCACGCGCGCUGCCCCAACGGGCUCACCGGCGAGAAAGAGCUGAUCAACGGCACGAUGGUGCCCGAGGACCGCGGCGGCUGGGGCUGGUGGGGCCACCCCGAGCUCCCCAUCGAGGACUGGUACACCAAGUGGGAGUGCACGGCCAUCGGGCCCGACUUGAGCAAGAUGAAGGGCAUGAUGGGCGGCAGCGCCGCCGCCAUGACGCUUGCGGAGCACUUCGAGGAGUUGCUCGAGCACGACUACAGCGCGGAGGCGAUGGCCGCCGCUGCGAAGGAUCCUGAGGCUGCCGCUGCCGCUGCGGCUACUGUGCAGGACGCGGAAGAUGUUGAGGAGGAGGAGGGGGAGGAGGGGGAUGCUGCGAUCCAAAACGCCGAGGCCGAGGCCGGCGGCCCUCCCAAGGACAAGAAGCCUCCCAAGGGCAAGAAGCCUCCCAAGGGCAAGAAGCCCGAUUCCCAAGACGGCCCCCCUCUCUCUGAGGACGAUCGAAAAAGAGCAAGGUGCGGUAAGCAUCUUCAAACCAUUCCGAACCUUGGACCCAAGCUGCAGUUCUAG